AUGUCUGAGAACCAAAACACACUGUUACGAGAGCUGGAUCACCAUUCACUAGAUCCAGUCUCUGAACAGCCGGAUCACGCCGAGAAUGGUCCCGAUGACCACGACAAUUUAGCGUUGGAAAGUGCCAUUGGCGAUGCCUUCAAACAGUUUGGGUUCCUCGGCGAGGAACAUGAGCACAAGGAGAGCGACAGGCCGGAAGGUAACAUCGAAAAGGAAUCGCGUCAUGUAGACGAGUUGAAUCUAGAAGAGUCCGUCUCACAGGCGUUCGCAUCGAUUGGACUGAGCACGGAUAACUACAGUAAUCAAGAGAGGGUAGACUCACCAAGUAAGAGCCAUGAUGAGGAGACGAGCGAAAGUAAGGCAGACCAUGAAGUCAAGCAUGAGGACAUGAAUGAGGAGCUCAAUUUAGAAGAUGUCAUUGGUGAUGCUUUUAGAAGUAUAACUGGCAACGGUGCCUCAGAAGAGGGACACCGUGAAGUAAACGAUGAGCAAGCCUCUCAGGAACAAAAUCACUACAUUGAGCAAUUCAAUUCUCAAGGUCAGAAUCAAUCUGAACUGCUACAGCAGGAACAGCAUAGCUUCUCAAACCAGCCAAGUCGGGUGCCCCAACAUCAGGAGGAAGUACAUCAAAAUAAAGAGAUUCCCGAGAAUGCUCCCAAGCAGUCGCCAAAUUUGGCGCGGGUUAAUCAAGCUGCACAUACAGAGCUGAGUCAUCAGCAAAAUGACAGCCAAGAUGGCCACCUAAAGAAUGAAGAAGAAGCCACUGUUGGGGAUGAUGAUGCGAAUCUCGAAGAAGCCAUUGGUGCUGCAUUUCAGUCACUUGUUGAUCAACAAGAAGGUAAGAAAGAGUCUCAACAACAGCCUUCGCCAAGUGAUAUUGGAUCAAGCAACCCAAAAGCUGCUCCCAUCCCCAAUCGUCGAGAAUCUGUAAGUCGUUUGGAAGACAACAUCGAUCUUGCUGGUCUAGUAUCGAAUGUUGUCCAACAAAUUGCCGGUGAAAAUGAGGCUGUUAACGUCGAAAGUGCCAUUCCUAAAGACGUUCUACAGGAGUUGGCCGCCGAAAUUACGCACCAAGUUCACGUCAGCGACGAGAGCCAUCCAAAAGUGGAAAUCCCACUGCUUGACGAGAGUGUUUUGAUGCAUUUUCAGAAGGAGGCCAACAAGGAGGAAGACAAGCAACAAGGCAACCCAAUUUCUAGCGCUCUUGCAAGUGCUGUCAGAACUGCAAUAAAGAAGGUUCCUCAGGGUAAUGUUACCGAAAAGCAGCACGCAAAAGAAGGAGAUCACGAUUUGGAGAACUUGCAAAUGAAUGAAAUUUUUCAAAACGCUUUUGAUAUGGCCAUGCUGAAACCUCAGGAGCUUUUGACGUCGUUCGAAGGUGAACCUGAACUUUCACUUCCGGACGAAGUGAAACGAGCUGCAGCAUCCGCCAAAAGUCAAACAGUUUCAAAUGCUGCCAAAAUAGCUGCUCUCUCUGUCAAGGAUGCUCUCGACAAGAAAUCUAGCGAAGCAAACCAUCGUGGAGCAGAACAGGAAAGGAAAAAGUCUCUUUCAAUCGCCGAGACUUUGGCAUAUCAUAGGUCCGCCAUGAAUGCAAAGAAGCCACCAGUCGAGAAACCACCUACACAGCAAAACAAGCUCACAAGUCUGACACUGAAUCCUCAACUUUCCAAUAUACUCUCCUCGCUAUCACAGCACAUCCAGUCAGGCAGUCAGUCACAAAACCUCAUGCUGCUCAUUCGUCUGAUGACAAAUGCUUUGAUGCACAACAAGGGCACCCACCUAACAAGCUCUUUUGUGCAAGAAACUUUAACCUCUCUUCGUGAAGCUCCUGAUGCACAUAAGUUCUUUAUUGAUAACCUAACAUUUGCCAAGGAAUUUUUAGCGAGCAGUGAAUUUGGUGAUUUCGAUAAGGCAUCACUUAUAAUAGACACCGUUUUGGAAACCCUUUUGUCCAAAGAGAAUCGACCACCUGUUGACAGUUCAGUGGAGGUACCAAAAUCGGAAGCGAGUGACAUGAUGGACCUUUACAACAGUGUUUUGAACACACUUACUUCAUUUGGCACUUUGAGGGGAAGAAAUGGAAUCCUCGGUGUGAAACCAGAUACAGAGUCAGAGGAGUACAAAGAACGGGUCCGGCUCGAUAAUAGAGAACGCAAGAAGAAAUGGAGGGAGGGUAACGCUGAGCGUAACAAGGACAAUGACCUUCGCUCACGUGUGAUCAAAAGAGCCAAUGUUAUGUUUGGAGAGCAAAAUACGGAAGAAAAGAAGGCUUGGAUUGAGGAAGAGUUUCACAACAGGCGUAUGAAGAGAAUUGCGAAGCAGAAGAAAGAGGAGGCAAAAAUUUCGGGAAACAAGACCUUUAAUGAGGAACUUAUGGAAAAGUCAUCUAAAACCCCAAUUCAUUGA